AUGUGGAAGAAAAUAAAAGAAAUUCUUUGUAAGCAUACUGCUUACAAAGAUGAAUCAACAACACCAUUGGGCACCGCUACAAUGACGACGUCUGUUAUCGACCUAAGGUCGUUGCCAAUCAUGUCGUCGCAGCGAGCGGAAACAAGCGGUCAGCAUCAGUCAUAUCGUAAAUUAGGUGCUCAAACGUUGAACAAGACUGAUGAACAUUGCCGUUCAUUGUUCAAUCUUUUGCCAGCGUCAUUGCGUCCUCGUCACUAUUACCAACAUCGUCAAACAUCAAAUAAGAAAGGCGUUGAUGCUUCAACAACGGCGCAACCAUCAUCGUCAAACGAUAUCAUUCGUACUGAUUACGAUUCAGGUUACAUGUCACAAAGUCUCUUAAAUCGUACAUCAUCGUAUGCGUCAUGUUAUUCAGCUGUUGCAACUAUAAUGCCAAUAUCGUCCAUGACUCGACACAGAUCAAUUGAAAGUUUGCUACAAGGACAUUCAAAAUCAAAUCCAGCCAAUAUAUGUAUUAUCGUUCGAAAAAAUUUUGAACCAUUUGCUCAAGCACAUAUCGCUGUUACAAAAGGUAUGAUUGUGACUGCAUUGUUUUCUCGUGGACCUUGGCUUUACAUACGUGUUGAUUCUAAUGGGAAAACAGGUUAUAUUCCACGGAUCAUAUGUUCAUUAUGUCACAAUCGCAUGAGAAAAGCAAAUAAUUUAUCAGUUUCAUCAACCGACUCCUCGUUUAGUAAAGAAGAUGAAUUGCAUCUAACCGAAAUGUCUUUAAAAAAUGAAAAAGAUCUUGGUAACUCAUGCAAGCAACCCAUGAAUCGAUAUUUAUCGCAUAGUUCAGCUAUAAUUAAUAAUAAUAAUAAUUCAAAUCAACGAUUAGAACCUAUUUCUUUUGACGAACGUGAAAGAUGUAAUACAUAUACUUUACCCAGACAGCCACGAUCAAAUGUAUCAUCAUCAAAAGAUCGUCGAUUAACAAUAAGUUCUAUCAAUUAUCCAUCGUUAACGAGUAAACAACCAUCGGUUAAUAAUAAAAAUGACAGUAAAACAACAGCAAAUAACAACAGUAAUAGUGUUAUACCAGCACGUGAUACCGAUUCAUCUAGUACGCAAGAUUCUGGAUAUUCCGAGUCGACACCAUUUUUUCUUGUACAACAAGCAACACCGGAACAUGAACAACCACCGGCACAUCCAAUAUUGAAUAGUUCAAAAAAAUCUAUUACAACACCACAUUACGCAACUGCUCGACGUUCGACACUUUUGAAAAUUCCGGACUCAAUAAACCCAAGUCAACCACAUCAACAACAAAUGAACUCAAAUCGAAAUCAUCGACAUACACUUCUCAAUGGUAUAUCAACGAAUGAAAUGAUUAACAACGAUUCGAAUAGACGUCAUACAUUAGAUAAAAAUAAUAAUAAUAAAACUAUCAAUUCGACCACAUCAACAAAUAGUGCCGGUAGUCGUCCACGUGAAUUUGCUUUAAUAAGAAAUGUUCGUCAAGAUAAAUCUCAAUCACAACAGCAACGAGUAAAACCAUCUAUCUAUAAUUUACCGAAAAGUCAUGUACAAAUUCCAGCGAGUAUUUUUCUUAAUCAUCAUCGGCAAAAACAACAGUUCGGAAGUUCUCACAGUGCUUUUCGUCCUGUUCAGCCGACAACGAAACAUAAACGAGCGUCAAGCGAAGGACAUUCACGGUCAAUAUCGACAGCAUCGUCAUCGUCGUCGCCGUCGUCAACAUCGGCAUCAUCAUCCGACGUGUCAUUGAAUGUUGACAAGAGUCUUUCUAAACGAAGGCGUUUAUCAUGUGAUUUACCCGUUCCGAUUCUUUCGAAACUAAAUUCAAAUAGUUUAACACGUUCUGUCUGCGAUCAAUCAUCGUCCUCCAUAAAAUUAAAUCAUCAUUCUCGAACCAUGAGCGACAUAUUAUGCGAUCAAUUCAGUGAGAUCAAUAUUGAUGCGAUUGAAAAAGAUUCAAUGAUUCAACAUCAUCCAAAAAAAUUACAAAAUUCUCAACAUUGCUUAUUUACAACGAUAAAAGAUUAUCGUAGUUCUCGUGCUUCUUUUUCAGUUCAACGCGGUGAUUUUGUUUACGUACUUAAACAAGUCGGACAAGCUUCUUAUCUUGUUCGGAAACAAAAUGGUGGACAAAUAGGAUUUUUACCCAAAGCAUUGCUACAGCCGGCAACGUCGACAAGAAUAGAUGCUUUCCUAGAGACACAUGGAUUUCGCGAGACGGUUAUUUAA